AUGGCGUCUAAGGAACUUAGAGUAUUGACUCUCGAGGAGGUUGCGCAGCACAAUACCGAGGAUAACCUUUGGAUCGUCGUGGACUCAAAGGUGUACGACAUCACCCGCUUCCGGAACAUGCACCCAGGAGGGGCGUCUGUGCUUAUGGACGAGGGUAUACCGGGUCAGGAUGCGACGGAGGUAUUUUACAGCUUGCAUAGACACGAAGUCCUCGAGCGUCCCCAGUAUAAGCGGUUGCAGGUUGGUAUCAUACAAGGACAGGAACCCAAGAUUCACGCGACGAUACACGACGGUGCCAUCAGCAAGGUCCCGUAUGCAGAGCCCUCGUGGUUAGUGGACGGGUAUUAUAGUCCUUAUUUCACCGAGGCGAGUUCGGGAAGCAGCCAUAGACGAUUCCAAGUGGCCGUGCGCAAGUUCAUGGACGAGUAUGUCUAUCCGGAUGCCCAGGCCCGCGAGCUGGAUGGAAAGCGCCCCUCGCAGAGCGUCAUUGAUAAGAUGGCUGAAGUAGAGUUACACGCAAUGCGGAUGGGUCCCGGAAAACACUUGAAGGGUCGUACGCUCAUGAAUGGUGUUGUCAAGCCCGAAGAGUUUGACUACUUUCAUGAGAUGAUAAUCUCACAGGAGCUGACUCGAUGCGGAGCGAGGGGAUAUGGAGACGGAAUGAAUUCAGGUUGUGUCAUUGGUCUCCCUCCCGUGCUUAACUUUGGUUCGCCUGAACUUCAAGCGCGCGUCGUGCCCGAGGUAUUGAGUGGGAAGAAAUUCAUUUGUCUUGCGAUAUCGGAGGCACAUGCAGGAAGCGACGUGUUCGGAUUGCAGACAACAGCCACAAAGACGGAAGACGGGAAGUAUUGGAUCAUCAAUGGGACGAAGAAAUGGAUCACGAAUGGAAUUUGGGCGGAUUACUUCACGGUUGGUUGCAAGACUGAAGACGGGUUCACUGUCAUACUUGUUCCACGAUCAGAAGGGCUCGAGACAAAGCCGAUCAAGACGUCUUACUCUCCCGCUGCUGGUACUGCGUACGUGACGCUUGACAAUGUCAAGGUACCUGUCGAGAACACGCUAGGUGAAGAGGGCGGAGGAAUCUUCGUAAUGCUCAGUAAUUUCAAUCACGAGCGAUGGGUGAUGUGCUGUACCUCCACUCGAGGGCAGCGUACCGUCGUCGAGGAGUGUAUGAAGUGGACGACGCAACGAAAGGCGUUUGGGAAGCCAUUGAACUCGCAAGCAGUCGUGCGUUCCAAGCUUGCAGCAAUGAUUGCACGGGUGGAGAGUGGGCAGAAUUGGCUCGAGAACGUGACGUAUCAGAUGUGCAACAUGUCGUACAGAGAGCAAUCGAAUAGGCUGGCUGGGCAAAUCGCGUUCCUCAAAAUGUACUGUACACGAACGGCGCAGGACACGGCAACAGACGCGGUGCAGAUUUUUGGUGGGCGAGGGAUCACACAGUCGGGCAUGGGCCACUUUAUAGAACACUAUCAUCGAACGGUACCUUUCGAUGCAUUGCUAGGCGGAGCGGAGGAUGUGUUGGCUGACCUGGGCGUGCGGCAGGCGAUGAGAAGCAUGCCUAAAGAUGCAAGACUAUAG